UCCUAUUCCAAGCCAUUUGCGCGCCAGUCCUCGAACCCCCAAGUCCCGAAAAGCAGUCAGCCCAGGUUCUUAGUUUCGCUGUAUGGGCAGACGAGAACAUCUUCAUGCGCAACCGAGCAAAGUCGUCCGCACAGCAGCGGGGAGCGACUCAUACCUCCAGCAACUUCGAUCCCACGGCCGUUGACUUCAAGAGCAGAAGCACCGACAGCGUCAACACAUACACACAAGCGGCCGCCACGGCGCCAGCGACGCCGAGCGGCAAUGGGCUUGUCCGCCGUCUGCCUCAGCUCCAACAACAACAACAACAUCAAAUACCAGGGGCGCCGCCUCCUCCUCCUCCUCCUCCUCCGCCGCCGCCGCCGCCCUACCAUCUCCUCGACCAUCACCAUCCUAACACCAUCGAAGCCAACAGCGCCAAUGUUCACAGCGCCAACAAUGUCCCCAAUACAACAACACCCAAACCAACAGCAGCAACGUCCACGGCGACAGGAGCAGCGACACCGAUGACCGAUAUAAGUCACAACAGUAAUAAACCUCCAAUUAAUCCCGCCCCAGCAACAAACAAGACCAUGACAGCCCAUUCGUCACUCCUACAACCCCGCGUCGCCGUCGCCCUAGGCGUGCCCAAGAAGUGGCACUUCUUCCUCUGGCUCUGUCGCCAAUCCUCCACCUUUCCUGCCAUCUGGUGGGGUCUUCCGAGCGCGCUCCGGCUGCUGGCCAUGCUUCACCUGAUUAUUUUCGGCGGCAGUCCAACGACAUGGCAACAUAUUUUCGCUCGGGUAGUAGCAGCAGGUGUGGGUAGGAGUGGUGGUGGUGCAACAUCAACAGGAGCAGGCGGAGGAGACAUGAUGGGCUGCGCGAGCGGUAUCGGUAGUGACGGUGGUGCCAUGAUGAUGGGAAGUCCGGAUUUCUUGUCGUCUGGUACUGGUGCUGGUGCUGGUGCUACCAGGAGUAGUACUGCAUCGGGGGGAAACGCCAACGAGAACUAUAACUACAGUCCGGUAGCUUCUGCGACAGGUUUCGCCGACCUCUCAUUUGAGGCGAGGCUGCGGUUGACGGAAACGUUGCUGGCUAUCGUAUGGUGUGGCGCAUCAGCCUACCUUUCCUUCUUCUUCACAGAUAGCCUUAUGUCGCGAUGGCUCGUAAACUACACUCCCCAAGCGACCAUCGUCCGGCUCCUGACCAUAACGACACUGAACGCCUACCUGACGUCGCAAAUCCUUUACCUGACGGCCGGCUCGCAAGACCCCCGACUGCUCUUGCCGGCAUGGGUAGGCAUCUCGGCAAUGCUGACGCUCUUAUAUCAUAUUACACAGCGAAAGAUCAACAUCCGAAAGGAGACCAGCGUGUCGAUCCGGGCUUUUUCGGUGGCCAGCUUCAUCAGCAUGGUGGCGUUGCUGGCGCAGGUGCAUUCGAACCGGACCGACUAUCCACAAAUCCCCUUGUGGACCUUGGUCACCAAGGCUUGGCAGGAGGUAGUGAAAGUUGCUUUCAAGAUCAUGGAUUACGGAACUGUUGCUAGGGACUACUAGGGCGCUCCCGGCAGGAUAUGGAUAGCGUUGCUGGAUGGUUGGAGUUAUUGCUUAGAUUUUGGAAUACUUGGGAUAUAUAGUCAA